AUGUCAGAUGAUGAAGGAUUUGAUAUAGCGACUUCAUUGGUAGCUAAGUCAGAUAAUGAAUUAAGCGAGGAGUCAUCUUUAAGUUCAGAUGAGGAAGGAGACUAUCAAGAUGAAAUAGUGUCACUGAGUGAUGAUGAAGAAGAAGAAGAAGAAAAGAAAGAACAACCACCAAAAAAGAAAACUAAAUUGAACAACACCAAUGAAACAUUUCCCAAUUUGGAAUUAUCAGACGAUGAAAAUGAAGGAGACGAUGAUACCAAAAUAAGUUCAUAUUUUGUAACAAAUAAUCCAACUGCAAAGAAAGCUAAAACUGGUUCAUUUGCAUCAUUUGGAUUAUCUAAAUUCAUUUUAACAAAUAUAGCGAAAAAGGGUUAUAAACAACCAACACCUAUUCAAAGAAAAUCAAUUCCAUUAAUUAUAGAUAAUAGAGAUGUAGUUGGAAUGGCACGUACUGGUUCAGGUAAAACUGCAGCAUUUGUUUUACCAUUAAUUGAAAAAUUAAAAACAAGAAGUACAAGUGGAGUAAGAGCUGUUAUAUUAUCACCAUCAAGAGAAUUAGCUUUACAAACAUAUAAACAAGUUAAAGAAUUUAGUCAUGGAACUAAUUUACAAUCAAUUGUUUUAAUUGGUGGAGAUUCUUUAGAAGAAGAUUUUGGUAAAAUGAUGAGUAAAUCAGAUAUUAUAGUUUGUACACCUGGUAGAUUUUUACAUUUAAAAGUUGAAAUGCAAUAUGAUUUAGGAACUGUACAAUAUAUUGUAUUUGAUGAAGCAGAUAGAUUAUUUGAAAUGGGAUUUGCUGAACAAUUAAAUGAAUUAUUAAUGGCAUUACCACCAAAUAGACAAUCUUUAUUAUUUUCUGCAACAUUACCUCGAAGUUUAGUUGAUUUUGCAAAAGCUGGUUUAACAAAUCCUGUUUUAGUUAGAUUAGAUGCAGAAUCAAAAAUUUCUGAAAAUUUACAAAUGGCUUAUUUUACUACAAAAAAAAAUGAAAGAGAAGCUAAUCUUUUAUACAUUUUACAAGAAAUUAUUAAAAUGCCAUUGGGAAGUCCAGAUGAAAUUAAAAAAUUAAUAUCUAUGGAUAAAAGACAAAUAGAUGAUAGUGAUGAUGAAGAUGAAAAUGGUAAAAAGAAAAAAUAUAAAUUUAAAAAGGAAAGAAUGCCAAAUGCUAAUCAAUUACCUUCACCUCAAUCAACAAUCAUAUUUGUACCAACAAAACAUCAUGUUGAAUAUGUUACAAAACUUUUAAGAGAUGCAGGAUAUUUAGUUUCAUAUAUUUAUGGUACUUUAGAUCAACAUGCAAGAAAAAAUCAAUUAUAUUUAUUUAAAAUAGGUCUUACCAAAAUAUUAGUUGUUACAGAUGUUGCAGCAAGAGGUAUAGAUAUACCUGUUUUAGCAAAUGUUAUAAAUUUUACAUUACCUGGUUCAUCAAAAAUUUUUAUACAUAGAGUUGGUAGAACAGCAAGAGCUGGUAAUAAAGGUUGGGCUUAUUCAAUAGUUAAUUCAAAAGAAUUACCAUAUUUAUUAGAUUUAGAAUUGUUUUUAGGUAAAAAAAUAUUAUUAACAUCAAUGCAUGAAGCAAAAUGUGAAAUGUUACAAAAAAGAAAUGGAGAUUCAUACAUACCACCAAGAGUAAAUUAUACUGAAAGAUUAGUUGUUGGAUCAAUACCGAGAAUUGAUAUAGAAACAUUUCAAGAACUUUAUGAAAAUUUAUUAAGAAAUAAUUAUGAAAUUAAAGUAUUAAAAGAUGUUGCAGCAAAAGGUGAAAAAUUAUAUCAUAGAACAAGACAAUCUGCUUCAACUGAAUCAUUAAAAAGAAGUAAAGAAAUUAUGGAAACAAAUUCUUGGGAUGAUCAACAUUUAUUAUUUGGUGAAAAUUUAGAAAAGAAAAAAGAUGAAUUUUUAAAUAAAUUACAAAAUAGAAAUGUUAAAGAAACUGUAUUUGAAAUACGUAAAAAGGGAGUUAAAGAAAAUGAUAGUUUAGCUGAAUUUAUGCAUAAAAGAAGAAAACAAAUAGCACCAAUACAACGAAAAGCUCAAGAACGUCGUGAAUUAUUACAAAAGGAAAGAUUAGCAGGUUUGACUCAUGGUAUAGAAGAUGAAAUUUUAAAAGCUGAUGAUGAAAGAAAUGGAUAUAAUCAACAAGUUGAUGAAGAUGAAUUACAAAAUACUUUCGAAGAUGGAGAACAACAUCAAUUAAAUCAAAAGAAAUCUUAUAGAGAUCCAAAUUUUUUUAUGAGUCAUUAUGCUCCUGCUUCAGUUAUUCAAGAUCAACAAUUAUCAAUAAAUUCAUCAUUUGCUAAUGAUGCACAAGCUGCAACUUUUGAUUUAGAUAAUGAUGAUAAAUCACAAAAAAAUUCUCAAAUAAUGAAAUGGGAUAAAAAGAAAGGUAAAUAUAUAAAUUCACAAUCAACUGAUAAAAAAUUUAUUAUAAGUGAAAAUGGAACUAAAAUUCCUGCAUCUUUUAGAUCAGGUAAAUUUGAUGAAUGGAAAAAACAAAGAAAUUUAAAAUCAUCAUCAACUUCAUUAGUAUCACCAAUUUCAACUACCUCAAACUCAAAUUCAAAUCAAAGAUUUAAACAUAAUAAACAAAAUGUACCAAAAUUACCAGAUAAAUAUAGAGAUGAUUAUCAUAAACAAAAGAAAAAAGUUGAAAAAGCAUUAGAUUCAGGUAUAAAUGUUAAAGGAUAUCAUAAACCUGGUCAACAACAAGAAAUUAAAUCAACUGAACAAAUUAGAAAAGCAAGAGCAUUAAAAGAGAAAAGAAAAGCAAAAAAUGCUCGUCCAAGUAAAAGAAGAUAG